AGUCGGCGCGGCCGUCGCCUCCUUGCAAUACCCCCUGCUGCCCGCCGCGCUCUACUUUCCACCCCUGCCAUUGUUACGGAUUGUUUUCUGCGGGCAAUCCUUCCUCCGAAACUUACAAAGAAAGUGUUGGAUUUCCCCCUGUUGGAACUGAGGAAUUGCAGAUCACCUUUGGGUUGCCGGAUCUAGCCCACCCUCUGUCCCCUCCUGGUACCAAAGUGCUUACUCCACUCCAAAGUGCCAUGUCAGAACUGUUCACGGGAAGAAGGGGCUCCUGAAACGUGCCCACACCUUUGCACCUGCCUUGCGCUACCCCUUCCUGGCCACCUUUCCGGUCGAAGCACACCGAGGAGGCCCCUUUCGGAUGUCCUUCGUGGACACUGGCCCUCCGGAGCUGGAGCGCUGAGGCCGGAUUUGGGGGAGGAAUACCAGACUUGGAGGAGUCUGCGCGCUCUUCUCCUCCCCGCGCCGCGCGGUCGCCGCUAGUUCACCGCUCGGUCCCUGUUCUCGCUGCCUCACCCCACCCACUUCCUGUGCUCGCCUGGGGGGCGUGUGCCGAGCCGCUGCCGGAGUUCUGGGAAGUUGUGGCUGUCGAGGAUGGGGGUCUGUGGGUCCCUGUUCCUGCCCUGGAAGUGCCUCGUGGUCGUGUCUCUCAGGCUGCUGUUCCUUGUACCCACAGGAGUGCCGGUGCGCAGCGGAGAUGCCACCUUCCCCAAAGCUAUGGACAACGUGACGGUCCGGCAGGGGGAGAGCGCCACCCUCAGGUGCACGAUUGACAACCGGGUCACCCGGGUGGCCUGGCUAAACCGCAGCACCAUCCUCUAUGCUGGGAAUGACAAGUGGUGCCUGGACCCACGCGUGGUCCUCCUGAGCAACACCCAAACUCAGUACAGCAUCGAGAUCCAGAAUGUGGACGUGUAUGACGAGGGCCCGUACACCUGCUCUGUGCAGACGGACAACCACCCAAAGACCUCGCGGGUCCACCUCAUUGUGCAAGUAUCUCCCAAAAUUGUAGAGAUUUCUUCAGAUAUCUCCAUUAAUGAAGGGAACAAUAUCAGCCUCACCUGCAUAGCCACGGGUAGACCGGAGCCUACGGUUACCUGGAGACACAUCUCCCCCAAAGCUGUGGGCUUUGUGAGUGAAGAUGAAUACCUGGAAAUCCAGGGCAUCACGCGGGAGCAGUCGGGGGACUACGAGUGCAGUGCUUCCAAUGACGUGGCUGCGCCGGUGGUCCGGAGAGUAAAGGUCACCGUGAACUAUCCACCAUACAUUUCAGAAGCUAAGGGCACAGGUGUCCCCGUGGGACAAAAGGGGACACUACAGUGUGAAGCUUCAGCAGUCCCCUCAGCAGAAUUCCAGUGGUACAAGGAUGACAAAAGGCUGGUUGAAGGAAAGAAAGGGGUCAAAGUGGAAAACAGACCUUUCCUCUCAAAACUCAUCUUCUUCAACGUGUCUGAGCACGACUACGGGAACUACACUUGCGUGGCCUCCAAUAGACUGGGCCACACCAAUGCCAGCCUUACGCUGUUCGAACUAAAUGAGCCUACAAGCUCAACUUUGUUGCAAGGCCCGGGUGCAGUCAGCGAGGUGAACAACGGGACAUCAAGGAGGGCAGGCUGCAUUUGGCUGCUACCUCUUCUGGUCUUGCACCGACUGCUCAAAUUUUGAUGUGAGGGUCAUUCCCCCACCGGGGAAAGCUGCUGGCGCCGCGGCCACCAUCACAACAGCAACAGCAACUCCGACAGCAACAUGAGCAUACCCGUUUCUACACCAGAUAUCAGCAAAUGAAUUCCAAGAAAUAGCCUGAGGGACACAAAUUGAAGGGAGGGGAACAAAGAAUACUUUGGGGCAACAAGUCUAAAAGGAAAUCGAAAUCGCCUUGCAGUCCUUGCUGAUAUGUAGGUACAACUGAGUUUUCUUUCUUUCCCCAAAUGGAAAGAGCGCACGCCUGGCUUUGGACCCACGUGCAAGCUGCACUGUGUGACCUCGAUGUGUUACCGGGGUGGGCAAGGGCUCAGCUACUCUGCCCAUUAAAGUGCCCCUGCCAAGGAAAAUUCUGGAGCCGGCCAUCCCAGAUUCAAUAGAGACAAGGAGUGAGACGUGCGGGCCCCGCUGUGAGGCUGAGGGCCCUCUCGUAGACUGCCACUAUUGUGUGUGUGAUGAAAUGCAAAAUAUAAAAAAAAAAGAAAAAAAGAAACAGGAAACUAAACAAGACAGCCUGCCAGCUACAACAGUCCCACAAUCAACAGUCACAAAAGAUAUUGUUAAACUUUAUUUCUCCCCAUUUUAUUACAUGGACAUUAUGGAUAAUAAGGGAUUCUGAUUCAUGAUUAAUUUUAUUAAUUAUAUUUUCUGAUAUGAGUCUAGAACUUAGUGCAAAAACAAGACAAAACUAAAAAAAAAAGUUACACACAUGAAAAGGGUGAUGAGAAGUAUGUC